UCACUGCCUUACAUAUAUCACGGUGCCUCAUGUAACAAUAUUUUUUUAAAUAUUAAUUCAGUAAUAAAUACUUUUAACUUUAACAAUUAGUCAACAACUUGAAUGGCGAACGCAAUAAUUGCAAUCAGUGCUUUUGGAGUUUUCCUCGCACUUGCAGUGAAUUUUUCUCUUCAUAAAGUGGAUGAAGGACAUGUUGCUGUAUAUUACAGAGGUGGUGCCUUAUUGCAAAGUACAGCAGCCCCAGGAUAUCAUGUGAUGAUUCCAUUCAUAACGACGUAUAGAACUGUACAGACAACUUUACAAACAGAUAAAAUCAAAAAUGUACCUUGUGGAACCGGUGGUGGUGUCAUGAUAUACUUUGAUCAGAUUGAAGUUGUUAAUAUUCUUCAUUUUUCUGCUGUUCAUGCGAUUGUGAAGAAUUACACUGCUGAUUAUGAUCGUGCACUGAUAUUCAAUAAAAUACAUCAUGAAUUAAAUCAGUUCUGUUCCGUUCAUACUUUGCAAGAAGUAUAUAUUGAAAUGUUUGAUAUCAUAGAUGAAAAUUUAAAGAAGGCUCUUCAGAAAGAUCUGGUAGAAAUGGCACCUGGACUACUGGUACAAGCAGUCAGGGUGACAAAGCCGAAAAUUCCAGAAACUAUAAGGAAAAACUUUGAAUUAAUGGAGGGAGAAAAGACAAAACUGUUGAUUGCUAUGCAGAAACAGAAAGUCGUCGAAAAAGAAGCAGAAACAGAGAGGAAGAAAGCUUUGAUAGAGGCUGAAAAACAGGCUGAAGUGUCAAAAAUUCAAUUUGCUCAAAAAAUUAUGGAGAAGGAAACACAGAAAAGAAUUUCAGAAAUAGAAGAUGAAUCUCAUCUAGCUAGAAUGAAGUCAAGGGCAGAUGCAGAAUUAUAUACUGCUCGAUUAGAAGCUGAAGCAAAUAAGCUGAGGUUGACACCCGAAUUCUUAGAAUAUAAGAGGAUUGAAACUCUUUCUUCUGUUGGUAAAGUGUACUAUGGACCAAGCAUACCAAACAUGAUAUUUGAUACAAACAGUAGAGAGAAAUAUGAUGAUGCCGUUGCCGCUUCUCAACAACGAAAAUCAAUGGAACAGUCUGCUGCCUCGCAGACGAAAGGUUCUCCAUCUCAAUGAAAAAAGAAGAAGAAAAUGUAAUUGAAAGAUAAUAAUAGAAAGUGUAGAGAAUGAAAUGCCAUGUUAUGGUGCUAUUAUUGCCUACAUUGUGCUGUUUUAUUUGUUUAUUCCAACAGAGAUUAAAGCUAAUUCAUUUGUUUCUUCAAUUUUGUUUAUAUUCUAUGGCCAAACUAGUUGUGCCUAAUCAAUAAGUAAAUGUAAGCUUUUGUUAUUAAAGUUUUGAUUAGAAAUUACCGUAAUUAGAAAUAUUACCUGCUUGAUUAACAAUAUUACUUGCUUGAUUAACAAGUGUUCCUCGUUUUAGUUUAAUUUCCCUUCAUUGCUUGGAAUUAUUGAAAAUAACGAGAUUGUGCAAUUAUGGAGAGAAUUUGUCAACUUUUUAUGCAAAUCACGUUUCAAAGCCAUGUCACAAACAAUUGUACACAUUUUCUAAGCAAAAACUUCAUGCAAUGAAUAUAGCGAACUUCAACCUUCAAUAUAUAAUUUUCAAUGAUAGUUGUUUGUCUAAAAAUUGUGACAGAAUACAUAAUUUUACCAUGCAUAAUGUUAAAUCUAGAUUUCGUGUCCUUCCAAUUGUUAUAUUAUCUGAGUGAACAUUUUUUAACGUCCUGAUUAUAUGAGAAUCAUCUUUUUCUUUGCUUGGGAUUUCACUAGUUCAAUUAUCAAAUACAGUUUUUACAGUACUUUCAUAUUGCCAUGACCCAUGAGUGCACUACUUUAAAAUAGGGUAUUGGUCGAUGAUGGAAUACAAUUAAUAUCAUUGGAAUCGAAUUCAAUUUGUGAACCGUUUUUUUAUGCUCUUGUAUCUGAAAACUACUAAAUUUUGCCUUUUUUAUAUACAAAUGGAUUGCUCCUGUUGGAGUACAAAGUAUUCUCAUAAAAUACUUUCAUAAUUUGAA